GUGCGAUUUAAAGACGCGAGGAAGCGUGCGUUAGCUUCAUGCUAGCUGUGUGUUUGUUAUGGCUGCCGACAGAACGUCUGUGCAGGGAAAGCGGCUUCCUGCAGAGGAUCUCGUCUGUCACCGUGGGUCCAAAUGUCUGAGGACGGAGGACAUGACAUGCGUGUCCAGAGCUGCAGCGUCCACGCCACGUAGAGGAAUGGAUGAGUAUGAAGGUGUCACUCUGCAAACUGACACCUGCUCCAGUGGUGGGGACAUGGCUGAAAUGAUCACUAUGGAGACCGAGUCCAGUGAUGAUGAGCUUGGCCGGCUGGACAUUGACCUUGACCAAAAGUCCAAACGCCACAACUUGACCUCAAACAACGUGCGCACCAUCCUACAUGAGGUGAUUACCCAUGAGCACGUGGUGGCCAUGAUGAAAGCCGCCAUCAGAGCCACUCAGGACCUGCCCAUGUUUGAGCCCAAGAUGACCCGAUCCAGACUGAAGGCUCAGGCACUGACCUGGAGUCUGUCAGCAGGAAACACGUCUGUUGUCAAGCCUCCUCAGUUUGUGGACAUCGAGCUGGAAGAGGAGGACUCAUCUGAUGAGGAGUACUGCCCUGAUGAGGAGGAGGAUACUGCUGAAGAGAGCUUCCUUAGUGAUGCAGACAGUUUGUGUUCACCUCCCAGAAUGCUUCAGAAGUGUCAUCGUCAACCCCUGGUUGACCUUGUGCAGAGAGAGGAAGCUCCCACACGGCCCUCAGAGGACCUGCAGGUCUCUGGCCCAUCCUCCCACUGGGACACCACCCUGCUCCUGCUGAUUCAUCCUCUUGAGAGGCUGCAUGCUGUGGAGGAGGAGCUAGCCAGUAACCCUGCCCUCAGCUCCUUCCAGCCUCUGCAGGGAGGAGGAGCUGAAGAAGAUGCUAGCUGUUUGGCGUACCGCACGCGCUCCAAGCUUCCUCUGGUUGACGUGCCUCUGGGCCAGCUGGAGGCGGAGUUACUGGCCCCUGACAUCACAGCUGACAUGUAUGAUCAGAGCACAGUGCAGUGGGAAGAAGACCGACACUGGACACGCUGGCUGCAGGGCCUCAUGACUCCUGACAGUGAAGGAAGCGAUGAUGAUGACGACCCUGAGUACAACUUCCUGGAGGAUCUGGAUGAGCCUGAUCAGGAGGACUACAGGACAGACCGCGCUGUCCAGAUUACCAAGAAGGAGGUGAACGAGCUGCUGGAGGAACUGUUUGACACGGUGAGGUGUGGUUCCUGAGCUACGUCUCGUGGUGGACUUGGAUUCUGGGAUGUGUCUUUGAUGCCACGUGCACUCUCAACCGGGCCGAAAUUCAAUGUGCCUCAGGCUUUGCGAUUUGAGGCGCCAUUAGCCAGCUUGAUAACGGAGCGGCGUCGAACAGUGAGGAAACAGUAUGAGGCUUUGCAGCAGAGGAGGGCGUUACAGGACACCCAGCGUCCCAAAGAGGCCCCACCCACUCAAGCUAACAUGGCCGCGGCUGUCGUGGUAUUGCCCGGCUGCCCCGCCCUCCAUGUGGAUGCCGCUCAGAAGCAGCAGCUGCAGCAGCAGAUACAGCAGCAUGUUCAGCUGCUGUGUCAAGUCCACCUCCUGAGCCGUCGAGUCCACGCCUUGAACCAUGAAGCCUCGAUCACCAAACGCUACCUGGAGGAGCUGCAGCAGUUUAGCAGGCAGGCAGGAGGAGAGACGUGUGCCUCAGCAACUUCAGAGGGACGCUGGCUGCCCACAAUGUCUGCUGCCACCAACAGUAAGGACGAGCGACUCAGUAUCACGGCACGGAGCAGGCAGAAACCUAAUCCGGCUGCUCACUGCACCACGUGUGCCCUCCGCCAUGCCUUUCCUCUGCUGCCGGCUGACGCUGCCUGGCUGUUUGCCACCCGUUCUGUUUUCCUGUACCCUGAACUACUUCCUGUCUGCAGCCUGGAUCCCGCCCUCCACCCCCAUUUACAGAGGCGACUGUACACCAGCGGUGAAGACUGCCUGAUGGUUCUAGGGUUGAAGCACUUUGAGGGGGCAGUGCAGCCCCAUGAGCUCAUCAGCUCCUACCUGCUCUGUAAGAGACGAUGGAACUUGAAGAAACACCUUCGAGAGAUGAGCAGCCACAGAGCUCCGCCCAACAACAUCAUCAAGGUGUUCCUGGAGCACGGGGUCAUUCCACCACUGCCUGUGGCCUGCAGCAGAGUCCUGCCAGGAGACCAGUGCCCCCCGGUGGACAGGAACUCCUCCCAAAUGCCCAACUGGCUCAAGAAUAGUUGUCCAGUAAUUCAGAAGACGCGACUCGGCUCCAGCAGCGUGCCAGAUUAUCCCCCCUCCAUGCCUGCUUCUUGCAGCCUUCGCCUCCACCCCCACUGGGUUCACAAAUGUCAGCCGAAAGCAAUGCGUCACAAACGCUUCUUCACACUGGCCCAUAAUGCAUCUCUGCUUCCUCUGGCCAAAGCCCCAGAAGACAGACUGAGUGACAGACGGGCAGAUGCUCCACCACGCGGCCUCCUGCCUCACACGCCUCCAUCCGUUCCCUCUUCAGGUGUCAGUUUUUUCACAGAGCUUCCAGCAGUUUCAUUCCCAUCAGCAGUGCCCCCUGCUUACGACACUCACGUGGCCGCUGCGCCUCCUGUUUGUAAUAACAGUGUCCAGUCCUGUGUCUCAGCUGGACAACACCUACGGACCCCUAUGAUGCAGCAGAGCAUUGCACAACACAGUAAACAGACAUCGGGCAGUCCAGCUGACCGAGCCCCGUCCCCCAGCUCUUUGUCCUCCUCCAUCUCCAUCCCAGGAGCAGAAAAUCCAGGCGUGUCCUGCACCGCUGCCAGUGUGAAUUCAGGCUACAUCAUUGUCCAGGUGGUGACCCCCACAGCCUGCGAGCCUCCUGGGGUCACAGUCUGGGCGGCUUCAUGUGUCAGGCAAAGCUCAGUCAAAGAGGCGGAGGAGGAGGAGGUAGAAAGUUCAACAUCAACACUGAGUCCACCGUCCACUCCUCCAGAAGAGGACAAUGAUGAGGCUGUGGGAGGCAGUCAGUCUGUUCAGGGUGUGGUCACCGCUAGUGGUGAGGUCAACACAGGGGGAGACAAGCAAGAUGUGGGAGGAAGAGGAGAUGAAAGAGGUGGAGGAGGGGAAGCAGGCAGAGACAGACAGGAAGAGGAAGAAGGAGAAGGACAGAGAGGAGAAAGUCCAAGUGGAAGAGAGAGGGAUGAGGAUGGAGACAAAGAUGAUGAGCAGGACAGGCAGGGUGAAGAGGAAGAGGAUGAAGACUUUGAUGACCUUACCCAUGAUGAAGAUGAGGAAGAAGUAAUGUCAUCAGCCUCAGAGGAGUCUGUGUUGUCUGUUCCAGAGUUACAGGAAACCAUGAAGCAACUGACCUGGCUGGCAUCAGAGGGGAGGCUCUGUGGAGAUGCAGACUCUGAAGAAGACCCCUCCCCAACGUCUGCCGGCUCUCAGGAGGACAACUCUGAUGAGGACGACGAAGGGCCUCCGAAAGGAAAGGUUUCAGGAGAAGGGAGGAGUGCCAAGGUGACAGGAGAUGAGACGAUAUUUGAGGAAGGGACACCCAGAGGAGCUGGGAGGGGCCCUGGACGAGGAAGAGGGCGAAGCCAGCCUCCUCGCCGCCUGAGGCAGAGUCGUCAGGAGCGCCACAGUAAGGACGCUGCCCGACUGUGGCUGCUGUACGACGACAACAUCGUCAGCAACGACCCUCACAGAGAGACUAAAGACUGCGCCUUUGCCCACAGUUACCUGACCCGGGUGCGUGAGGCAUUGCAGGACUCCCCUGGGAAGCUGGAUGAGUUUUUGUCUUUGCUUAGUGAGUUCCAGCAGGUUGAAGAAGGACGUGAUGUGGUGGUUCUUUUCCGGAAGCUUCGCUCCCUGCUGGGACAUCAGAAGGUUCUCCUCCGAGACUUUGCUGCUUUCCUCCAUCCUGAUCAGGCCCUGGAAUGUGGACUGUUUGAGGAGCAGCAGGCGUUUGAGCGCAGCCGUCGCUUCCUGCGGCAGUUGGAGAUCAGUUUUGCAGAUAAUCCCUCUCACUACCAAAAGAUCAUCAAGGCUCUGCAGACAUGUCCAGACCUCAGCCCAGCCACCAUCCACGAGCUCAAAGUGCAGAUGGCCAGCCUGCUCAGAGGCCACACCCACCUACAAGGAGAAUUCUGGGUAUUUUUUGAUGAACUUCAUCCAGCUCCAGCCCGUCCAGGGCAGUUUGAAGAAGCUCACUGGCCAGAUGAGGGCGCUGCGUGCGACGAUGGUCUCGGCUCGGUGUCAGGAGGUCAAGCGAGUGUUGGCUUUGAGGAAGUCACACUUCCGGAGUUGGAGGAAGAAGAGGAGGGGCAUAAGGUCCAACCAAUGGCAAGCAGGCGCCAGAGGAGGAAGAUGGGAUCUCACAGCAGCUGUAAGGAGUGUAACUGUUUGGAUAAAGAAUGGCACUGCCUCUGUCAUGAUACCAAGAUUCAUCAACAGAGGGGCAAAGGAUGCUCACGUUGUCAUGGCAACAAGCGCUCAGGGGGCAUGUCAAAAGCCAUGAGGAGUUUAGACCCUCUCUACUCUCAUCUAGACUCUUCCAAUAGUGAACAUGGCAAAGACAGAGGCCUGGACUCUGAGCUGAAACAGGAUAACUACAGUCCACAACAAGCACAGAGUGUGGAAUUGUGGGAGGACGCUUUCCCAUUGGCUGAUGAGAAGGAGGAGGUGGAUGAAACUGAAGGGGGGGAGGAGGAGGGAGGAAGGAACAGUGAGAAAGAACUGAGCUCUUCCUUGAAGAACAACAAAACUGGGGAAGUUCCACAAGCAGGCACGGCCUCCUCCAUCAUUUCAUCCUGUCUGAGCUCCUCCUCCACUCUUCCCGCUGACCUCCCCGUCUGUGCAAAGAACAUUUCUCUGACAGCAAGUGGAGAGAAAGUCAUCCUCUGGACCAGGGAAGCUGAUAGGGUCAUUCUGACCACGUGUCAGCAGGAAGGAGCCAAUCAGAGGACCUUUGAGGCUGUGUCUAGUCUGCUUGGCAACAAGACUCCCAGUGAGGUCUCUCGGCGGUUUCAGGAUUUGAUGCGUCUGUUUCUUACGGCGGCUCGUCAGACCACCUCUGAUGACGAGACUGCGCCCUCUCAGCCAGCCACAGCCAAUGAGAAGGACAGUUCACACCACCAAUCAGAAGAGGCGCCGUGUGAGACAGUACUUUUUGACCCUUUUUUGUGAAUGGGUCAAAGGUCAGAGAUUCUGUGUUUUUAUAUUUGUGUAUCACAGUAGAAGGACUUUGAGUCUGUUGUCCAGAUCAGAGUGUGAAGGACACUUGGACACGGCCGCUGUCUUCUCAUGUUUGUUUAUUUAUUAUUUAAGUUGAACAUCAAAUGUGUGAACAAACUGAGAUGUCUUUCUGUUGAUGGGACUUUGUGGUCUCUGAGAGCUGCUGGAACACUCAGCAUGACCCCGUCCGGUCCAGCACCCUGAAGCCUGCUGCGAAAACCUGAGGGAGGACAAAACUGCAAGGAUCUGAGGUCUUGGGACAACUCCCCACCCAGGCUGGUGGAGGUGGAGAUACUGUUCUUAGUUCCGUCCAUCACCACAACUAGGGGAAGAAAGGACUUGCCUCUCUGGAAAGGACAGGGUGAUCACCUGGACUGUCUCCUGGGGUGUUCCCGGGGCGCUCUCUGUGCACACAAAAGUGCUUGUAAGGAUCAAUUUUUUUCAGUUAAUCAGUUAAAUGAACGCAGUGACUGGGGGGGGUCUGACCUCACGCCCUCCACCCAGAGUACUAACUUUGAGUACGUAUUGAAGAAAAUCAUCAACCUGCUGGUUUUCACACAGUGUUUGGUUUCAUUGAUCAGGCUGCUCUGUUCAAUGUCCUCAGAUCCUGGACAUCACAGGCAGCGUGUCCUGUGUGUGAUGUGUGUCCUGUGUGUGAUGUGUGUCCUGUGUGUGCUGCGUGUCACGCGUGUCCUGUGUGUGCUGCGUGUCACGCGUGUCCUGUGUGUGCUGCGUGUCACGCGUGUCCUGUGUGUGCUGCGUGUCACGCGUGUCAUGCGUGUCACGCGUGUCCUGUGUGUGCUGCAUGUCACGCGUGUCACGUGUGUCCUGUGUGUGCUGCGUGUCAUGCGUGUCCUGUGUGUGUCAUGCGUGUCCUGUGUCUCAUGCGUGUCCUGUGUCAUGCGUGUCCUGUGUCUCAUGCGUGUCCUGCGCGUGCUGCGUGUCCUGCGCGUGCUGCGUGUCAUGCGUGUCCUGUGUGGAGAAGGCCAAGGACAAACCCACAUUCCACCUGGCUGCAGCAGAUGGAUGGUUAGUUUGGAGAUGUCGCGAUGGGCUAGUUGUUUGCCUGGGUGGUUGCUAUCCGGGAUCCAAGUUGGUUGUGUGGUGUGGUGAAUGCGGCAGCACACUGCACCAGCUCAUGCUUCCAGACCUGACGCUUCAUCGGUUCAGAUUGAGCACACCGUGUUUAAGACAUCAGCGUGCACGUUUUGGACCAUCAGUAAUCUGUCUGUGGUCUUCCACCGUUGGAAGGAGGUCUGACUGAAGAUGUGGAGUUGUUCUGUCUCUGGUUGUUGUCCGGUGCUCUGUCCCCCACCAGUUUCUCUCUAUUCCAGGGCAGACGGUUGACCCGGGGUGGUGGGGGGGUGGGCUGUGCCCUGUGUGACUGUCUCACCUUGUGUCUUCCUCCCACAGACUCGUCUUCGGCCCCUGCAGUGAUGAAUGUGAAACCAAAAGCGCAAACCCACACUGAAGAAUUGUGUCCUGUCAAAAUGAUUAUUUAAGCAUUAACCCGUCACAUGGGCCAAUAGUUUUGAUCCACAAGCUGUUUUUGUGUAUCGGGAUCUCAAAAGCUGGCGCUCUAAACGGUUUUCUCAUAUUUACAACGCCCUUGUUUGAUCUCAAACCCAAAUAUCUUCAAAGUACAAUAAAAUGAGUUUUGUUGUUACAGUA